GCGUCCCGGGAGGGGCGGGCGGUUACCUCAUCCGUGUCUCCGGGAGGCCCCGCUGGCUCGCUGGCUCGCGCCGCCAGUCGCGGCUGGGGCGGUGACUCCCGGCGCUGGUGCGAGAGGACAGAGGGGCCGAGGCGCCGAGAGGCAGCACCGCUGCCGGACCCGUGCCGCGAGGGGGUCGGACCUCCGGGCCCCCCGCUGCCCGGCGGCGCCGCGGUUGGCGCUGCGGGCGGAGGCGGUGUCUGCGCGCGGCGCGCCGGGUCUGUUCGCUCCGGAGCUUUGGCACCCGCCCGAGCUGCUAGUGCGUCCGCCGCGGUCUGCCCGCUCGGCUGUCUGCCCUCCUGCUGCCAGCCCUGCGCUCGGGCCCGGCCUCUCCUGUCCUCGGGUGCUCAGCGAGGCGACGAGGAGCGCGGCGGGGCCGGGGCGCACCGGACAGGGCGCGCGGGGCGCACGGCUGGGCGCGCACGGCGCGGCGCCGGCCCAUGAAGCUUUCGGGCGCGGGGCGCGGCAGCGCGGGCCGGCCAUGGGGGGCAGCCUGCGGGUGGCCGUUCUGGGCGCUCCAGGAGUGGGCAAGACGGCCAUCAUCCGCCAGUUCCUGUUCGGCGACUAUCCCGAACGCCACCGACCCACGGACCGGCCCCGCCUCUACCGUCCCGCGGUGCUGCUAGACGGCGCGGUCUACGACCUGAGCAUUCGCGACGGCGACGUCGCUGGCCCUGGCCCGAGCCCCGGAGGUGUCGAGGAGUGGCCUGACCCUAAGGACUGGAGCUUGCAGGAUACGGACGCCUUCGUGCUAGUCUACGACAUCUGCAGCCCGGACAGUUUCGAUUAUGUGAAGGCCCUGCGGCAGCGCAUCGCGGAGACCAGGCCGGCGGGAGCACCCGAGGCACCUAUCCUCGUGGUAGGCAACAAGCGGGACCGGCAGCGGCUGCGCUUCGGACCUCGGCGUGCGCUGGCCGCCUUGGUGCGCAGGGGCUGGCGCUGUGGCUACCUCGAAUGCUCUGCCAAGUACAACUGGCACGUGCUGCGUCUCUUCCGCGAGCUUUUGCGCUGUGCUCUGGUACGCUCACGUCCGGCACACCCAGCUCUGCGCCUGCAGGGGGCGCUGCACCCAGCGCGCUGCAUCAUCAUGUGAAGGGAUUGGACAAGAUUGCCCAACUUCACUCGGAUUGGACAAGGAAAUCUCCUCCCUGAUUGGAUAAGGAAAGCUCCCACAGUCUCCUGGGCGACCGGCCUCUCUUUGAAGUACAUUGGGCCUAAAGCCCGAUUGGACGAGAUCAGUCCUUCCUAAGACCUCAUUGGGUCAUAGUCGGGAAGGGACUAGGCUGUGGAUCUGAUUGGAAGCAUGAACUGCUCCUAGCGCUUCAUUGGACACACUCCUUAAGUCCCGCCUCUCGCGAGGUAAUAAAAAGAAAACAAAGAGCACCUGAGAUUUCUGUUCUAGGAUGGGCAGGACAAGGCUUAGAUUUUGCACUAGAGCUGCCAAGCUUGGCCCCCUGGCAGUUAACUCCAGAAUCCCAACUUGAGGACUGUCAAAGGGGUGUGAUGCCCCCAGGGUGAGUCCCCAAGAAACAGACAUGUGGCUGGAGCAAAACUUUACUGUCAGAGGCUCUGCUGGACCAUAGGUCCUCAGGACACCGGGCUAGCCCGGCCUCCCCUAAGGCAUUCAAUAAUAUUAGUAAUUAAAUAGCUAUGCUCAUCCCCCAACCGGAAUGUACAACAGAGGUCCCAUUGUGCCAUGUGGUCCC